AUGGACGACUCUGCUGGCGCGCCUGGCAUGGACAUCGAGCAAGAUUGGGAUUCCUCAUCGGAUGCUUCGACUCCGCGGUCUGAUACUUUCACGAACACUCUUUUUUCGAACCCUGAUUCGCCUGCAUCGUUUGUCGACACUGAGAUGUCUUUUCCUGGCACUGGUCCUGAUGGGGAAAAGCAAUCUCCGAAAUUAACGUCCCCUAACUUUGGCAUUAUGCCUAGCUUCUCCAACCAUAUCUUCGUUGGGCAAACCGCUUAUCCUUCAAGUCAUCUGCGAGCUAUGCGCGACGAAUUGAGACAGGCACGCAAGAGAGAAGAAUUUCCCAACACUACAUCCAACGCACAAGAUCCAAAAACCAUCGUUGAGGACUAUCAGUGUCUCAUGAGUCUUCGAGAUGUCCGCGGUGACCCUUCCAUCUAUCCACCACCCGAAAAGUACACCCAACUCAAGAUCGAAAUCGCACGUCGCAUCAAGACUCGCGAUGAAGCCGAAGGAGGCUCAACCCAACUGGAAGAGAUAGACAACCGAGUUCAAAGUUGGAUGGGAUCAAUCAACAAGGAAGCUCGAAUGCUGGAGAUUACUCAGGCCGCACUGCAGCGCAAGGGCAUCAGUAACCCCACACAAGCCGACCUGGACGCCAUUGCGGAGGAGUUCAUGCAGAUCGCCGAGCGGACGCUGCUUGACGUCGCCAAUCCCCUUCGCAUGAACGCAACGCGUAUGGAAGGCAACAUGAGUCGCUUCGACAGCCAGCUCAGCGGUUUUGAUGGCGCAAUGUCAGCACAAUUGCAUGGCAUGACAUCUCAGCUCAACGGCCUGGCAUCGCUAAAUAAUGCUGCCAAUACCUCGAUCAAUGCUCAAAUUACCGGCCUGUCCAACCUCAAUGACGCCGUCAACGCCUCAAUGAGUGCUCAAGUCAACACACUCAACGAUGUCUUAACCAAUCUCCAGACCAACAUGAGCAAGGCCGUUGGAGCCUCGGCAGAAGCAAUGAAUACUUCAACCAAUGCGGUGAGCACUGCCAUGGCGUCACAACUCAGUACCCUCAACACCAUGCUGUCAACUCAAAGCAGCACGUUCGACGGCUCGCUGAACAUGCUCAACACAUCUCUGAACACAGUCACGUCCGACUUACAAAAGUUGACGGCAAGCCUACCCGACAUCAUUGCCGCUGCGACACAAGCAGCAGUUCAACAGCAACUCGCCAGUGCGUCAAACCAGAAUGUCUUCCCCCAACACCAUCACGUACCCACAGAAGCGCCACCCAGCUACAUCAGGAAUGCUGCCUCGACACAGUUCCCACCGACACCCGCCACUCCUCUUCCAGUAUACUAUCAAACCACCCAGGAAACAAAUCAAGACAUGAGCCAACAGGACGGCAAGAGGUUACAGACGGGGCGCGCGCCAACAUCCGGUUCAAGGUUUCAGAAGUUUAUGGUAAAGAUCAUCAAGAUUUAA